UUCAGUGGAAGUCUACGCACUGGGUUCGGUUGGAUUGCCGUCUGCAAUAUUAGCCCUGCUGUAGUGGAGUAUUGCGCAAAGUACGGAGAUCAGAUGAAGGACUCGAAAAGGCUGACUGAAUAAUUAUUAGGAAUCGGUACAAAAUCUGAGGUCGUCAGGCCACGGGGUUUGGACGGCGGUGAUAGCCGCCCCUCCCAUCACCUUCAUGAUCUCAGUUUCAUCUGGAAUCGACGCUGGUGAAGCUCACAAACUACGGAGGUUAUACGUGGAAAAAAAAGCUAGAUGCACAGACUGAAUUUAAGCGCCAGGCUUCUCAGUACAGCAGCUACGAUAAAUUGUUGCAUUUUUCCUCCUGGCAAUUUCGCUCGGUGCUAUUUCUGCUUCUGUCAGAGCCACAACAAAUACAAUAAUAAUACUAAUGAAUGUAUAGAGGAUAAACUCGGGACGAAGAUACCUGUUUUUGUGCAAGAGGUCCCGUGUCUUCUGGGAUUGAGCGUUGGCUUGGGAAUCUAAUUAUCACCUCGGCGCUACACCUGAAAUAGACUGGUUUUUAAUACACACCUUCAUGCUCAGGCUGAAUAUCGAGCGGGAAAGCGCGCCGUGCGGACCCGAGUUUCCGCUCCGUCCGCGCAGCGCGGCUCACUAUUAUGCACUGUAGGACGCACAAUCAGACACUUUAGAUCAUUUGUUUUUGCACCGCAUUGAUCUCGUUUUUCGAUUAAGUGUGCGUAUUAGUAGAGGGGAGAAACGAUGAACCCUGGGAACGCCUCGUAUGCUUUUUGUCUCUUUGGCACUUACUACUGAACAAUAAUCGUCCACUCAAUCAAUCAGUCAAUCAAUCAGUCGACCAGUCAGUCUAUAAGUAAAAAUGUCUUUUCGUGUUUUCAGGCGAAGGAGGAUGUUUCAGCUGUGGACUUAAAGAGGUGGCUAAUUAAUUUAUGCUUAUUAAACGCUUGUUAUUUAUUCAAGAUCAGUUACAUUCGACUAAUCGUUGUUUUUUUUUUUUUUUGCAAAUUAAAACACAUGAUCAUGGCGAUUAUUUGACUAUUCUGCUUAGUUUGUAUCCCUGCUGAAAAAGAUUGCCAUACUUCAUGAAAAAUAUGAAGAAUUUGUAAGAAAUUUGCGGGAACAAAUAUUUUUACCUUUUGACUGGAGAGCGACAGAUCGACAUAUUUUUUUUCUUGGCGCCAGAACAUGGAUCGAAAAAACGGACCUCUUACAUAUUAAAUGGUUCCUGAAGACAAGAGACUUUUGUGUGUGUGAAACCAUCAGCCUCAUGGUUGCUGGUUAUGGUGUUCCCAGAUAUCACCAUCAGCACUGCCUCACGUACAUGUAGACAUUUUAUCAGCAUAAUAUCCCUUUAUUAUGGGCCAACUGAUCGCAGGAGAUGUUUUUCGAGGUCGAAAAAGAGAAAACAGCGGAUAACCGGAGGGAAGAAAGAGCCGGAGUGAAACGAGAGGGAAGAAAGAAUGAAUGAGACGCAGUGAGACACGGUGGAAGGAGAUUGGAGGAAUCAAGGGUCUGCCAGAGAGAGGGAUUAAGCGGGAAGGGGGAGGAGCUCCCAAAUCCCGGGCCCCGCCCAGCCGAGACAGCCGACCACGCCUGCACCCCGACCCAGCGCCACGAGCAUGGCCCUGCCCAUUUGGAUCCUCUGCACGUGCGCUGUCACGCUUGGCAACAUCGCCCCCUCUGCUCAAGCCCUGAGCCGCUCCGCGAUGCCCUUUGGCCUCCUGCGGAGGGAGCUGGCCUGCGAGGGCUACCCCAUCGAGCUACGAUGCCCGGGCAGCGAUGUCAUCAUGAUCGAGACGGCCAACUACGGCCGCACCGACGACAAGAUCUGCGACGCCGACCCCUUCCAGAUGGAGAACGUGCAGUGCUACCUGCCCGACGCCUUCAAGAUAAUGUCACAGAGGUGUAACAACCGCACGCAGUGUGUGGUGGUGGCCGGCUCCGACGUCUUCCCCGACCCCUGCCCCGGAACCUACAAGUACCUGGAGAUCCAGUACGAGUGUGUUCCCUACAUCUUCGUUUGUCCGGGCACUCUCCUGAGGGUCCAGCCGGCCAGCUCACUGCAGGAAGCAGAGCACCAGGCGGGGGCAUGGUGCAAAGACCCCCUGCAGUCGGGGGACAGGCUCUACGUCAUGCCCUGGACACCUUACCGCACAGACAUGCUGUACGAAUAUAUGUCCUGGGAAGACUUCCGACAGAACCGUGCCACUACGACCUACAAGCUGCCAAAUCGCGUGGAUGGGACGGGCUUCGUGGUGUAUGACGGAGCCGUGUUCUACAACAAGGAGCGCACGCGCAACAUCGUCAAGUACGACCUGCGCACGCGCAUCAAGAGCGGGGAGGCCAUCAUCGCCAACGCCAACUACCACGACACGUCUCCGUACCGCUGGGGCGGCAAGUCUGACAUCGACCUGGCCGUGGACGAGAACGGCCUGUGGGUCAUCUAUGCCACAGAGGCCAACAACGGGCGCCUGGUGGUCAGCCAGGUGAACCCAUAUACCCUGCGCUUCGAGGGCACGUGGGAGACAACCUUCGACAAGCGGCUGGCGUCCAAUGCCUUCAUGGCGUGUGGGGUGCUGUACGCCGUGCGCUCCGUCUACCAGGACGACGACAGCGAGGCAGGUGGUGACCUGGUGCUGUAUGCCUACAACACCAACCGCGGGCGUGAAGAGCCUGUGCAUAUCCCCUUCCCCAACCCCUACCAGUAUGUCUCCUCCAUCGACUACAACCCUCGCGACAACCAGCUCUACGUGUGGAACAACUACAAUGUGCUGAGAUACCCACUGGAAUUUGGCCCCCCUGAUCCCACCAAUGACCCCGUCACCACGACCCAGAUGACCAGCACCACUCUGUCGCCCUUCAAGCCCACCAUCGCCCACAGCUCCGGGCCCUCCACGCCACGCCCCCUGCCCCCCACCUCGCACCCCAUUGGGGCCAUCAACAAGGCCCCCGACCUGAGACCCAUCACCGCCACCGUGCCCGUCACCGGCCGGCCACCUCGCCUGCCGCGCCCCCCCCAGGGCCCUGAGCCACAUACCUGCGAGGCCCGCGUGGCCCGUGGGGUCCAGUGGCCCCCCACGCAGAAGGGGGAGAUGGUGGAACGGCCCUGUCCCAAGGGCUCUCUGGGCAUCGCCUCCUUCCAGUGCUUGGUCUCCCCGGCUAUGUGGAGCCCCCGCGGCCCCGACCUCAGCAACUGCACCUCGCCCUGGGUCAGCCAGGUGGCCCAGAAGAUCAAGAGCGGGGAGAACGCAGCGAACAUCGCAGGCGAGUUGGUGAACCACACGCGGGGGCGCAUCCACGCCGGCGACGUCAGCUCGUCCGUGCGCCUCAUGGAGCAGCUACUGGACAUCCUGGAUGCCCAGCUGCAAGCACUGCGACCUGGAAACAAGGAGUCGGCCGCGCGCAACUACAACAAGCUGCAGAAGAGGGAGAGAACUUGCCGGGCCUACAUCCAGGCUGUAGUUCAGACAGUGGACAACCUGCUCCGGUCUGAGGCGUUGGAGUCAUGGCAGGACAUGAACAGCACGGAGCAGGCACACACGGCUACCAUGCUGCUGGAUGUCAUGGAGAAGGGCGCCUUCCUGCUGGCCAACAACCUGUAUGACGGGCGCUUCUCGGACCGCGGCGCCAACAUCGAGUUGGAAGUGUACGUGCUGAACACGGAGAUGGAUUUCCAGGACCUGUCCUUCCCAAAGUCCCAUGCCAGCGACAGCAGCAUACAGCUCUCCGCCUCCACGAUCAAGCAGUACAGCCGCAACGCAGGUCAGGUGAAGGUGGUCUUCAUGCUUUACAAGAACCUGGGGUCUUUCCUCUCCACGGAAAACGCCACCGUCAAGAUGGAGGCGGAGCUGGGGUCUGGUGGACGGAGCCUGGUGGUGAAUUCGCACGUUAUCGCCGCAUCCAUCAACAAGGAGUCGAGCCGGGUUUUUCUGACCGAGCCUGUGGUGUACACCAUGAGGCACUUGCAGUUGGAGAACCACUUCAGCCCGAAUUGCUCUUUCUGGAACUACUCGGAGCGCACCAUGACGGGCCAGUGGUCCUCGCAGGGCUGCAAGCUGCUGGACACCAACGGCACGCACACCACCUGCUCCUGCAGCCACCUCACCAACUUCGCCGUACUGAUGGCGCACCGCGAGCCAGCUUACCCUGGCCACAUGCACGAGAUCAUCCUCUUUGUGAUCACCUGGGUGGGAAUCGUCAUCUCCCUGGUGUGCCUGGCCAUCUGCAUCUCCACCUUCUGUUGCCUGCGAGGCAUGCAGACCGACCGCAACACCAUCCACAAGAACCUCUGCAUCAAUCUCUUCAUCGCUGAGCUCCUCUUCCUUAUCGGCAUCGACAAGACGCAGUACCACAUCGCUUGCCCCAUCUUUGCCGGCCUCCUGCACUUCUUCUUCCUGGCUGCCUUCUCCUGGAUGUGCCUGGAGGGCGUCCAGCUCUACCUGAUGCUGGUGGAGGUCUUCGAGGGCGAGUCUUCCCGCAAGAAGUACUACUACCUGUGUGGCUACUGCUUCCCCGCACUGGUGGUGGGCAUCUCGGCGGCCAUCGACUACCGCAGCUACGGCACCAAAAAAGCGUGCUGGCUGCGUGUGGAUAACUACUUCAUCUGGAGCUUCAUUGGGCCGGUCUCUUUCGUUAUUGUGCUGAACCUCAUGUUCCUACUGAUCACCCUGCACAAGAUGAUCCGCAGCUCCUCGGCUCUCAAACCCGACUCCAGUCGCCUUGACAACAUCAAGUCCUGGGCUCUGGGGGCCAUUGCCUUGCUCUUCCUUCUGGGCCUGACCUGGGCGUUUGGUCUCCUCUUCAUCAAUGAGAACACGGUCAUCAUGGCCUACCUCUUCACCACCUUCAACGCCUUCCAGGGCAUGUUCAUCUUCAUCUUCCACUGCGCCCUGCAGAAGAAGGUCCAUAAGGAGUACAGUAAGUGUCUCCGCCACUCCUACUGCUGCAGCCGCUCUUCCACCACCAGCUCCCACAGCUCGCUGAAGACCUCAGCGCUGCGAGCAAACAACCGCUACUACACAGGCAACCAGGCACGGCACGCCUCCGCCACCAGGCAGAGUCGCAUACGCAGGAUGUGGAACGACACGGUCCGCAAGCAGACGGAGUCCUCUUUCAUGGCGGGGGACAUAAACAGCACCCCCACGCUGAACCGCGCGACCAUGGGCAACCACCUCCUGACCAAUCCGGUGCUGCAGACUCGCUCUGGCACCUCCCCCUACAACACUCUACUGGCCGAGAGCUUCAACCCGCCCUCGCCCGGCGUCUUCAACUCCACUGGGACCUUCCGAGACCCAAAGGGCACUCUCUCCAAGAGUCGGGACUCCUGCGGCAUGGAGACCCUACCGCUCAACGGGAACUUUAACAACAGCUACUCCCUACGCAGUAUCGGCUCCGGGGACUUUCUAGGGGGCGGGGUCGGGGGCUCGGACAGCUCCCCCCCGCUCCUGCACGCCAGGGGCUCGGAGACCCUCGGCGGAUGCAGCAUCCGACGGAACCUGUCCGACGCCGCUGCCUUCGAGAAGAUGAUCAUUUCGGAGCUGGUGCACAACAACCUGCGAGGUGGUGGGGGCGGGGCUGGGGGCGGGGCUCAGGGGGAGCGGGCAGGCACUCUGGCGAGGGCCCGCGGAGGAGGGGCUACGCGGGGAGGUGCGGACGUGGGCUCGGGGGAGGAGGAGCCCCUCCCUCCUCGGGACGUGGAGCGGCUCUACAAAGCGCUGGAGGAACCGCUGCUCCUGCAACGCGCCCAGUCCGUGCUCUACCAAAGCGACCCCGACGAAUCCGAGAGCUACGCCGCCGACCUCACUGAGAGCCUGGAGGCCGACGGGGGUGGAGCUAGCAGCCGCUCGCCCGCCCUACGGGACUCGCCCUACCCCGACAGCAGCCCCGAGCCCCUGGAAGUGGCACCGCGCUCCGCACAGCCUCCCGAGGAGCUCUACUACAGUUCGGGCCGGCCCGCUCUGGGCCCCCGCGGCACUGCCAUGCAGACCUUCUACCAGAGCGCCCCCAGGAGGCCCAGCGGGGAGGGCUACCUGGCACCUGCGCAGGCCGCGGAGCCCCCACACAGUGAGGGCGACGGGCAGAUGCAGCUGGUCACCAGCCUGUGACUCAGACGAUGGUGAGCGGAGUGGGGGGCCGGGAUAUCCCGAUGGCCGGUGUUCCGCCCACCCUCCCUAUCUCGCUCAUCCUCACUGCUUCCCGUUCAUCGCCUCUCAUCCCCGUUAUCGUUUCUUAAUUUUAUCUGGAAGACAUGUGAACAGACCCACGGCUACGCAGAACGAUCCGCCUCGAUUUUCGUCCUUAUUUCCUCCCUUCCUUCUGUCCUUACUUCCCUCUCUCUCCACAGUGCCCCUUCGUUGGACUGUUCUGCUCCCCUUUUUCUCACACCACAAGCCCCACCUCCAUGCAUCCCUGUAGACGUCUGGACCCUCACCCAUCAUCAAAUGCGGCUCCACCCCCCCCCCACACACACUCGGUUCUGGGUCCUCCUUGACCCUUCCUCGCAGACCUCCUCCUCAGUCUCGCUACAGUCUCCUCUGCCGUUUCGUUCCCCUUGCUCCAUGAGGCCUGCGAUGUGCCAACGUCACGCUUUGAGUGUUCCCAGAAUGCUCUUCGGUGUUGCCAAAAAAAUAAUAAUAAUAAUUCAAUGCAAAACCGGCCCAGAUACGAAGAGCAGAGCAGCGGAGGAAAGUGAGGAAAGUGAGGAAGUUCAGCGAAAGGAGCCUGUGAAUGAGUCGGACGGUGGCACAGGGGAGAGGACAGCACGAUUACCCACGAUUAUCCCUCUCUGUGCUUACGCCCUGUGCCAGAACGAAUCUCCUGUAAUGGGGAAAAGCAUGCAGAUGCGCCAUGAUUGGGCAGUCAGUGGGGCGGGGGCAAAGGUCAGGGUUCAUGGGGUGAAGAAACUCCAGCCAGGAGUGAUGGAGAACUUUAAAGGAAGCUGUCUUUCUCCCUUUUUAUUAUCCGCUCUGGAUACCUAUAGAACAUAAAGGAAACCUUUUCCCAUAAUUCCUCUGCGGGGCGGACGAGGGGCUCCGCCCCCCCGCAGCCACGCCCAGGUCCUCCUUCAGGACACUUUCAGGUGAAGCUGGACACUAUUGCUGAGUGCUGUUGAGGUGGAGGGGUUUCUGAUUAGUCCCCUUAUAACUCUAAUCCAUCGUUGUAAAUAAGAACCAAAUUAACAAAAGCAACAACGGAAGUAACUAAGAUAUGAAGAUAUACGACUAAUUUCUUGUAUUGCAACUUAACGACAAAAGAGAAAACAAUAAAAAAAAAACAUUGUAGGAGUUUGUGACCCUGAAUGACACACUUUCUUUCUCUUUUCAUUCUACUCCUCUCUCUGCUCGCUUUCACUCACUCACUCCCCAGUUUUCUAAGCCUACUAGGUAAGGCUACGUUUAAGAGGGGGCAGUAUUGGGGCCUGGGUGAGGGAGGAGAGUGACAGAUUUUAAAUGCAGAAACUUCCUGGCACAAUUUUUAAUGUGACGUUCCAUGUUUUCUGCUGCAGGCACUGCGGGUGUUACAGCGGCUUCGCUGUGAACGGGGAUGUUCCUGUUGCUGCAGAAAAUAACUCGUGUUGGGAGGCGGGGGCCAUUUUGAAAAAACGGCCCCACCUUUCUGGCGAGAAUUAUCAUAGACAUAAACCGAAUAGAUUUGUUACACUUGUUGAGUGAGCUUCCUUAAUGGAAUUGAGCCUUAUAGAAUACAUAGAAUAUAUUGAAUAGGAAUUAUUCUGUCAAAUCAUCUUCGUUAAAUUCCACCGUAUUUAUAUAUCUGCCAUAGGACUUGUUGUAAUUCUAGAACGUCGGUUACUCGUUGCGCGCAUCCUUUCAGGGAGCCAUUUUGGAUGUCAGGUCAAAGCAUAUCAGGAAAAUAAUUCGGAUGAUCUCGCACCUAUAUUUCUACGCAAGGCGGUACGUGAGCGGCGUUGGCUGGCGGCCAUCUUCUUUUCCAUUUCUCAAGUUCCGAUGUGAACCAGACGCGGUUUAUUUUUCACGUCUGGUAAUUUCCACUCAGCUGCUGGGAAAGGUGGGGAGCACGGGUGGGGUGCUGAGAUUUGGCCUUCCAGUGUUUUUUUUUUUUAUUGUUUCUGUUAUACCGACAAAAGGAAAAUGUAAAGCCCAGUCUACGCUAUACGUGAAACGGGCGUGCCUCCGGGUGUUCCGACAUCUUUUCGCAUGUUUAUUCCUGCUGUGUGCUGAGUACCUUUCUGGCCUGUAAUCUGGACCAACCUGGGAUGUACAAGGGAAUAUAUAUAUUUUUUUUUGGUUUGGGAUUUGUUCCUGCUUCAGAAAAUGCACUUUUCCUGGGCGAGCUGUAAAUUUGGAACGCUUUCGAUCCUCUGACCGAAUGGGGCGAUGUGGGUGGGGGGCAGGCGGCCUCGCUCCUUGCUUUGGGCUCCGUGACUCCGUCACGGCGUGUGUCACACGUGUCUGAAGUGACUGAAAGUCACAGCCCAAGACAAAGUUGAAUCCUGAGAUUCUGGCACCUUCUCUCUCCUGCACAGAAACCAAAGUUCUGUUCCAGCUCAGAUCCUGGAAUGCAGUUCUGGGGUGGUUCCGUGUUCAGGUUCCCAUAGGGCGGCAGUCUCCCCCAGCUGUUUAGCUGCCAUGCAUCCAGAACACGGAAUGUAAUCCCGGGCGAUCGCCGUCGGACGCUGAGAUCUGAUGGGCUUUUUUUUCCGCGGCACAUUUUGUUCUCGGCUUGCUGGCGCAUCCCCUGCGCUCUGAAGUGCUCUGAAGUAGCGUGGCACACGGUAACCGUGGUUACACAGCCGCAUUCAGCCCGUCCACCCAGCAGUCUCUGCCGCUGCGCUUUUCACUGGCCAGACCAGCGGCCGGGGAGGCUGCACCCCGUCAGACCGCGUUGCUCUCAAAUGAUGCGUCUUUGUCCCCUGUUUCGGUUUGACGGCUUCUGCCUCAGUAUCCAGGGUGGUUAUCCUGCGACUAUUAUUUAACUCGCACAAUUUUGCACACAUCUGUCCAUAAUGAGUUAAAUUUGGGUCUUUUUGUUGCUGUUUCUGUCAUGCGGAUUCCAGCUUGCUGGUCUGAUUCAAUUCCACUCUCCUAUUUCCCCACGUUCUCUCGCUCCACACCCCACUGUCUCCCCCAGGCCACCCCAGACCCCAUCUUUUUCAUAAUUAUUUCUUUUUCGGAGUAGCACCUUAGCACCAGCAGUCUGUAUGGUUGAAGGAAGCUCUGAAUCUAUUCACUGACUGGACCCCUCCCCCCAUCAACUGCACGCGUCUUGGCAAAGGCACUGUCCUGGGUUAGGCCCCCACUGUGACUGGCACAGCGCGCCACUGUAUUGAAGGUGUUUGGCAGACAGCUGUCGGUUCCUGGGAACAGAACAAUCUGACAUGGUGGUCAUAUUUAGAGGGUAAAAUCGGGAUGCUGCUGCCCUCUUGUGGACAAACAGAGAAUCGCGUCACCACGUUCAUGGAACUGGAGGGUGACUAUUUGUGAUUGGACUCACCAGCCAUGUUGACCUAAUAGCACUCCCAUCACCGUAUGACCACUUAAGGCCAGUAAUUCUCGUUUCUUCUCUAGAAAGGCUUUAAAAACGAGACGACACCAUCAAAUAUAUGUGAGGAAUUUAGAUAUUUCCUCUACUCUUCAGUAGAAUUAUUUGCGACAGAUGCGUAGUGCCAGUAUGCUGCUUACAGUGUCCUAGCGGCUGCAGGUGGUUUGAAAUGCUCCACAGUCGUGUACCUUUGUGAAUCCACGGUGUGGUCUGUGGGUGUGGUCUGUGGGUGUGGUCUGUGUUCAUUCUCAGCAGCUGUUUCUUAAAUAGAGCUAGCGGCAUGCUGAGUGUGGACUGGGACAGCUUCAAAGCACAUGGGGGUGAAGCUAAAUGCACAGUAAGGGUCACAGGAAAUCACACAGCAGAUCUUGGCGGCACAGGUCUGGGGAGCUGUAGUGUGCUACAGGAGACGUGGAAGUCGCUGCUUUUGCCGCCAUUUAUGUAUGAAUUCCUUCCUCCGGCCCCACGCACCCUGAAACCAAGCAGGGGGGUGUCUCUGAGUAUUCCGAGAAGCUGAGAUCUCCAAGGGUCCAAGAGAAAGGAGCAGGAUUAUUAAUGGUGUGAAUGAGCAGGGGCGUGGGUAUAUCUGUUGGUAUGCCAGGGGAGAGCGGGCGUGUUUCUGGGGAUCUCGGUGGAGAGAGAACGUUUCUCUUGUGGUCCCAAGGAAGGGGGGCGUGUCUCUCUUGCGGUUCCGGGGAGGAUGGAGAGUGGCUUUUAGAUUUCUGGGAACGGGCCAAGGGAAUGCCAGGACAAUGGAGGUGUGUCUUCCCAGUUUUUCUCCAGCAGAAAAGACUGUGUGGACGGUAGAAGGAGCAUAUCACACCUGACCUGGUCUUCAGGGGCUGUGGGUGUCCUGGGACGGCAAGAACAGGCUGUAAGACGGCAGUCUGCCAAAAUUUGCACACUGAUGACCGAUGAGGGACCAGGGUCAAAGAGUGAAAGAAUGAACUCUGUGCCAAUGGGAUCACAUGCAGAGAACCACUUCUAAACAACUUAUUUCGGAGUACUGUUUGUUCUCCCUUUUUAUUUACUAAUUUAUUUUAUGUUAAAAAGUAAUUAUGAUUUCAUUAUUUUGUUACGAUGCUUUUUUGAUGCUUUCUCAUAUCAAGUGCUUUGAAGGGAAGAGAGUUCUGUGACUGCGCAGAUCACCACAGACUUUUAAAGACAAACUCUGUAUCAACACAUAUUAAUAAAAAGAUCACCAUACAACCCAUGACUGGCCGCCUGUCUUUCUGUCUGUUUGUGUCGGUCUAGAGUGGAGUCGGC